CCAGCGGCCCGCCCCUGCCUGUCACAGAUACAAAACCGUCUGGCCCACAGCGAGAUGAAACAAGUGGAGGGGAUGUAGCAGUAGCAGACAUACAUUCGUGAGAAACCCAAAUAAGCGCUCUGGCGUUGCUGUGGUUGUGUUGUUGCUUUCUCCGUCGCCCAGAUUGCGCUGAGAUUUUUGGGAUUUUUUAAGCUUCCAAUUUUGCAAAUCGGAAGCUGCUCUGGUGUAAGUAAAGGUGUCUGCACAGGAGCUCAAUGGCCGCGACGCUAGCGAUGAGCGGUGGCGGCCAGGACGAGCCCUUCUACCCGCUACUGAAAUCCACCAUCCCGGACGACUUCUCCUUGGAGGAGUCCGCCCUUUUCGGCUUGGACUCCAAGAUCACGGAUGCUGAGCGGAAUGGCCACAAUGAAUACAUCCAGACCAAGUGUGAGCUGGACAGGUAUCUGUCCCAGGUGCCUCUGCCCCCCCUGUCCGACGGCCUGCAGCAGCAGCAGAAGUCGCGGCGGGACAGUGUGUCCAACAUGGACCAGUUCUUCAGCGACGACCAGGCCUUCGCUCCAUACACCCUCAACAUGAACCUUUACCUGCCCGACGUGGCCUACCUGCGCAUGGGCUUGUGUCGGCCGACACGCCUCCCUCAACCUCUCCCCCAGCAACCUCACCCCCAGCAACCUCACCCUCAUCCCCAGCAGCAGCAGCAGCAACAGCAGGCCCACGCAGGUCUGGCCCAGGUCAAAACGGAGUCCUUCUCUUCCGCUCUCCAGCCCCACUGUACUGAAACCUCCCCGACCGCGAGCAGCGGCACUGGGCCAAUGCCCAUGGAAGCGUCCGCCAUCGCCAUGACAUUGCCAGGGUUACUGGAGUUCACCAGUGCUUUUAGCCAAUCGGAAGUGGGCGGUGACGAUGCCAUGUCGGGCGUCUUUGUCAAGCAGGAGGUCCCGUCACCGUUUGAGCAGCAGCACCACCACCAUCACCAUCAUCACCACCACCACAAUAAUCACCAUGACAACAGCGGCUCGUUGUUUCAACUCCUCAACUCUGAUUUGGACCAUCACCAUGGCAACGGGGUGGACGUCCAGACACAGCAGCAGCAGCAGCAGCAGCAGCAUCAUCAUCGCCUUCAUCAGACACAGAGCGCGGGUCCCCUGUCGGUCCACACGUCGUUCCAUGAUAUGUCCGUGCCUUCCUCCACGUCUCAGCAGCAGCAGCAGCAGCAGCAGCAGCAGCAGCAGCAGGCAUCCACAGCCAAGCCAAACUACUGCGGCCUAACCGGUGGAGCCUAUGUCCACGCCCCCGCCGCACACCCACAGUUCCAACCGCAGCAGCAGGUGCCCUACCUGCCCCCCUCCCCUCCCAGCUCCGAGCCAGGCAGUCCCGACAGACAGAAGGAGCUGCUCCACACCAUGUCCCCCCCGCCCUCCUACGCGGCCACCAUCGCGUCCAAGAUGGCGAGUGGGAGCCCCCCCAUCCUGUGCACAAGCCCGGGGACCAUGGCCCUGCCCCUGGGGGCUGGCCCCACCCAAGCCCCAGGCCCGGCCGCAGGCCUGACGAGCUCCGGCCCAGACACCGUUCUGGGUCUGGGUACGGCCGAGACCGGCACCUCCCCCAGCUCUGGCUCCUCCUCCACCAUGCCCAUCCGCUACAACCGGAGGAACAACCCUGACCUGGAGAAGAGACGCAUCCACCACUGUGACUACCCAGGCUGUAAAAAGGUCUACACCAAAUCAUCUCAUCUGAAGGCUCAUCUUCGGACCCACACGGGUGAGAAGCCUUACCGCUGCACGUGGGACGGCUGUGACUGGCGGUUCGCCCGCUCGGACGAGCUUACCCGUCACUACCGCAAGCACACGGGUGCCAAACCCUUCCAGUGCGGCGUGUGCUCCCGCUCCUUCUCACGCUCCGACCACCUGGCGCUGCACAUGAAGAGACACCAGAACUAACACACACACACACACACACACACACACACACACACACACACACACACACACACACACACACACACACACACACACACACACACACACACACACACACACACACACACACACACACACACACACGUGCAAACACACACACACACACACACACGUGCAAACCUACCAAUGCAUACACAUUGAAAAGGACAGGGACAUGUACACACACACUCAAGCGCAGGAUAAAGCAUACUCGUGUACAGCCUGGGAACCAGAUGAAUCUGCAAGCUCAGGUUUUACUUGCUCUGGCAUAUGCGUCUGGCCCCCCUCCUGUUCAGACAGAUUUCCAGCAGACAUGGCCCGGGUCGGGCCAAUCACAACCGCUCACUAAUAUUGGGUGAGGUUUAAUUGGAUGACGUACAGAGGAGCAACCAAGAUGGCUGCCGCUGAUGUGCGCCAUGUUUCGUUGUUCUGAUUGGUUUUAGGUCUUUCCAAUUUCGUCCAGACCCAUUUCGGUCUGCCCCUGUUGAUAAUGACUCUUGGAAAUCGAAUAAUGAACUGAAAGGUUCUAGACUAUUAUGCAUUUGGGAAUUGGUCUGGUGAUGUCAGGCUAGUACACACAUACACACACUGUACACACAUGAUGUUCACACAUACACUGUACACAUACACAAGCACUAUCAGAAAAUAUGCCAUCCAAAUGUAUAAAUCAGGAAAUGAUAAACCUCCCACUGUCAAACACGUGAUAAAAGCUUUUAGUGGCCCCACAUGUUUUAUUCUCAUGUUCUCAAAAUAGUUGGUUGUUUUCUUAAGAAAUGGUCUGGGAAAAUAACCUGUCAGAGCGUGGUCACCCAUACCAACCGAUGAAUUAGUAAGGUUUUAUGAGAGAAGGGGGGGAGAAAUUAAACCAAAACAAAAGUUAAACAAGCUAUUAUUUGUAGUUACAUUUAGAACUGGAAUACGACUGGAAGCUUAUGCUCUCUUCAGACUUAGCUUUGUGUUUGUUAUUUUGUAUUAAAGGGAAGUGUGUGUUUCUUUUUGCUAGGACAGCCAAAAGUUUGUUUACCUUUUUUUUUUUUUUGUGCUUUUGUUUGUUUUUUGUAACUGGAAAAAUCCAGAACCUCUUUUUGUUUUGUUUUAAAUUUUUAAUUUGCACUUGAAAUGGUUGACUUGUCAAAGCUCAUUAGACUACAGAACUCAGUUACCACUGGAAAACACGAAACACAUUUCUAAUGACUUAGAUUCCUCUGAAGAUGCAAUUCACUGGACACUAAACAGACCAUCCCUCUUUACAUUCUUCAGAAUAUGAGGCAUUUAUAAUAACGAGACGACAAGGGACAAAGAAAAGUAAAGAGAAUAGAGUGAGAGCAAUGAAGGCGAGGAGGAAUUUUAAGAAGGAGAGUAGAGUUAAGCAUUAAAGAGGGAAAGGGGGGGGGGGGGAGAGAGCAAGAGUGAGAGGUGGAGCCGAGGGACGUUGAAAGACAAAGUGGAGGCGUUUAGUUGCUAAUGGGGUGCAAUUACGUGGUGAAUUAUUUAGCUUUUGUCCUCCGGACGUGCGUUGAAGAAAAUGUCAGUGGAACCCAUAGCCGUACUUUAUAGAUACUCUCCUAAUAGACACAGAGUUAAACAAACAUGUCCUUAUUUGUUGCACAAGCACCAGGUAGCCAUGGAGUAUUUAAAAAGAAAGAUGGAGGGCGGGGCACGAUAUGUCCACGGAAAAUGUUUUCCUUUGUUGUUUUUUUACGAGAACAUUCUUCAUUGUUAACAUUCUUCUACGUCAAUAACGUGUUGUUUUAUGUUAAGUCCCUCGUUUUCUGCAUUAGAAAAUACUCUCAACAAUGGCUGAUGAAUUGAAAGUUUUCACGGUGCUUAAUUUAUCGAUAUUUAUAAUAUCGGGAUAAUGUGUUCUGUUUUUGUAAUCCAUUUGGUACCAUAUGAAUAAUGAUUUAACUGGCCUUGUGGUUAGGAAGAGUUCACCCUCUGAAAUAUUUAUAAUCACCAAACAUCUUUGUGUUGCUUUAUGAUAUGAGCAAAUCUAAUGGCAAUUGUACUCUACACCAAAGCUUGGGUUCAUUGUUUAAUUAAGGCUGCCUCUGUGAUUGUUUCUUUACAAAGGACAGCUUAGAACUAAUGCAGCACUGUAAAGUAUCAUGGUAAAUCUGACUAUUUAUUGAAUGAGUAGAAGUGGGGGAUAAACAAGGUCAACCAAUUCUGCCCAACUAAAACGCCUUAAUGUAAAUAUAUGCACUGUAAAUAUCUAAAUGACUUUCUUUCCUUUUUUAUUUUGAACAAAAGGGCCAGCGAAAAAAUGCCCCGCAUCCCAAAAACUAUUCGAGCCCUUACUUUUUUCUUAACAGAUAUUUUAAUAUCAUUUUUUUAUAUUGUCCUUUAAACAACCUAGUUCGUAGUUAAAUUUUUCUUUUUAGAGAAAUACCUUCCAAAGACAAAAGUUGUUUUUCUCCAACUGUAGCAAAUUCUAAUAAAGUCAACUGACUCUUUUACAAAUGA